UGUCUCUCUCCAGUUUUGUGUCACCGUCACGCAGAGAGUCAGGCCUCGCAAACAGACAGCCACCAUGAACAAGCACGACGAAACACAUGUCGAAGUGCUGAAGCCGGCCCCGGAGGGGAUCGAGCUGACGCGCAAUGACUUCUUCGAGGCCCAGCUCGACUCGCUGGCCGAAGCCAAGUCGCCGUGGAGAGUGCUCCGGGAGAACGUCAAGCUGUGCACAGUGAUCUUCAUUGUUCAGAUGAACGGUAUGGUUCUUGGACUGGAAUAUUCCCUGCUGGGUGCCCUGGUCGGCGUCCAGGCCUUCUGCAAGACCAUGGGCCACUACGACGAGAGCACCGAUGCCUAUGCCGUUCGCGCCUGGACCUUGUCUUUAUGGGCUGGAUUAUUCGGAUUGAUGCAAUUCGUUGGACAGUUGAUUGCCGGUGUGGUGGCCGAUCGGUUCGGACGUAAAAAGACCAUCUACCUGAUGAGCUUCAACAUCCUCAUCGGCGUCAUGACCGAGAUCCUCUCCAAGAACUACCAGGACUACACGGGCGCCAAGAUCCUGAUGGGCACCGCCACGGGCCUGAUGCAGGUCGUCAUCCCGACCUAUGUGGCCGAGGUGACGCCGAGAGAAAUCCGUGGUAUCACCAUCGGUCUCUUUGCUUUCAUGCUCACCCUUGGCUCCCUCGUCGGCACGCUGGUCAUCUGGGGCUGCAAUGAGACCUGGGGCGCCGACAUCACCGACAACCGCUCCUGGCAUGUUCCUCUCUACGUCGGUCUGGCCAUCCCCGUGCUGACCCUCGUGCUGAUGACCAUCCUGCUGCCCGAAUCGCCCUACUGGCUGGUGCUGAAGAACCGCCCGCAAGACGCCCAGCGCAGCCUGAAGAGCCUGCACCCGAACAAGUCCGACGCCGAGGUCGAGCGUCUGAGCCAUCUGCUGCAGUAUACCGUGCUCAAGGAGCGCGAGCACCGCGAGUCCACCGCCGACGCCUCCUAUCUCGAGUGCUUCCAGGGCACCAACCUGCAGCGCACCUUCUGCGCCAUGUUCCCCUCGCUCGCCCAGCAGCUGGUGGGCAACCAGCUUGUCCAGUCCUACUCGACCUACUUCUUCGAGGAGGCCGGCGUCAGCAACUCCCUCUUCUCCAGCGUCAUUGUCUCCUGUGCCGGUCUGGGCGCCGCCAUCAUCGCCUUCUUCUUCGUCGAGAACAAGAAAGUCGGUCGUUACAACCUGGUCUUCUGGGGUGUCACUGGCAUCACUCUUUCUAUGCUCGGCAUUGGUGUGAUUGAUUCCGCGGAUCAUGGCAAUACCACCACCGGCGCAGGUAUCGGUCUCGUCUUCUUCAUCGCCUUCUUCAACGCUGCUGUGGCUGUUGGACCGGGUGUGGCAGGAUGGUCGUAUGCCGCCGAAAGUGCCUCUGCCCGACUGCGCGCAAAGACCGCCACGCUGGGAACGGGCGCCAACGCCAUCAUCGGCACCGUCACCAACAUCGUCAUCCCCUUCGAGCUGGACGCCAUCGGCUCCAAGACGGGCUACAUGUUCUUCGGUCUGGGUGUCAUCUGCAUGGUGCUCAUCUACCUCUGGAUCCCCGAUGUCACGGGCCGCACCUACGCCCAGCUCGACGAGCUGUUUGAGCGUCGCAUCCCGGCGCGCAAGUUCAAGGAGACCGAAUGUACCGGUGAAUACGGUGCGAGCAUGGAGUAGGAUGGGCAUUCUGGAUGGGGUUUGUAUUGUAGGAUGAUAGUAAUAGUAUAUAUCUAGUCUAAUGAGUAGAUGACCACUUUAUAGUAGACUAUAGUAUCUAU